GGGAAAACUGGUGAAGACUUAGAUGUUGUUUCAUCUGUCACACAGAAAGCAAAAAUAAGAGAAGCCCUUUUGCAAUAGACAAAACCACAGAGAUGGCUCUGCAAGAUAUAUUUAGGUCACACUGCAUGUGCAUGGAGAGAGAUGAGCUAGAAGGCUGCUCUGCAUGAGCAACUUCCGUACCAGAGAUCAUAACUUGUUGAAUGUUUUGAAGUGGGACUGUUUUUUUUAUUAUGUCCACCACCAAGGUGACAUCAAACCAACAAACAAAUUCUCCGGGAGCACCUUCACUCAGGGCUUUCUGAGUGGCCAUCUGACUGACUGUGUAGAGUAUGAACAACCACAGUUCUGGAUCGUACCACCCUCCGGCUGAACCAUUGGUGAUGCCUGUUCUGGUGGUCAUUAUCUUCGUGACGGUUGCUGGCAACCUACUGGUCAUCCUCACCAUCGCCCGCACCCUCCACCUCCAGACCACCACCAACAUCUUUGUCAUCUCCCUGGCCUGUGCUGACCUUAUCAUGGGCUGCCUGGUGCAGCCUCUGGGGGCCUCCCUAGUGGUGACAGGGGACUGGCUCCUUAGUGGCACAGCCUGUGAGCUCUGGACAUCCAUGGAUGUCCUCUGUGUGACAGCCAGCAUUGAGACGCUGUGCACCAUCGCUGUGGAUCGCUAUAUCGCCAUCACACGGCCUCUCAGGUACCAGUCUCUGCUGGGGAAACGUCAGGCGUGGCUCAUGGUGUGUGUGGUGUGGGGUGUGGCAGCCCUCAUCUCUAUAGUCCCAAUCAUGAGCCAGUCGUGGCGUGCUCAUAACGACACCGGGAGCAUGCAGUGCUACGAGGAGCCACACUGCUGUGACUUCAUCACCAACAUGCCCUACGCCAUCGUGUCCUCUGUUGUGUCCUUCUACGUCCCCCUGCUGAUCAUGAUCUUCAUCUACAGCAGAGUCUUCCUCAUCGCCACACGGCAGGUCAGGCUGAUGAAUGAAAACAAGCUGCGUUUCCUCAGUUGGUGUGACAUCCCCCCAUCAGAGUGUCAAAUAGUCAGCCCUGGGAGUCCCAAUGGCAGGGAUGGGAGCAUCACUGGCAGGGCUGUGAGUCCCACAGGUAGUAUCACUGGCAGGGCUGUGAGUCCCACAGGUAGUAUCACUGGCAGGGCUGUGAGUCCCACAGGUAGUAUCACUGGCAGGGCUGUGAGUCCCACAGGUAGUAUCACUGGCAGGGCUGUGGGCACCACUGGCAGAGCUGGGCGCAUGAACAGGACUCGGAACAACGGCAGGGCUGGGAGCAGCUUCAUUUUCGACUCCAUACAGUGGAGAAGCCAGGGCCGCAGGCACACUCGGGUAACUGUCCUAAAGGAACACAAAGCAAUCAAGACCCUAGGGAUCAUCAUGGGGACCUUUACUCUGUGCUGGUUGCCCUUUUUUGUGUCCAACAUCAUCAAGGUGUUUGACCCAGAUAUCCCCACCAGGGAAGUUUUUAUUCUGCUCAACUGGCUGGGCUACCUGAACUCAGGCCUCAACCCCAUCAUCUACUGCCACAGCCCAGAGUUUCGCUCAGCCUUCCGGAACCUUCUAUGUUGUCUGUGGCUCUCUAAGGUGGGGCUCAACAGAGUCUUCAAGGGGCUGUGGACGAGUGCCAUGUUGGAGGAGAGUAGAGCCAAUGCAGGGACACACAGCUGCCAGGGCCUGAGACAGGGGCAGAGGCAGGGGCAGAGGCAGGAUCAGGAUCAGGAGCAUGGACUGGGGCAGGAGGGACUGUCUCUGUAAUAAAAUGCAAAUGAAUUACUUGUGUGAUCACUUAUGUGAUUUUCUGGAUUUUUGUUUUAGAUUCCGUCUCUCACAGUUGAAGGUUACCUAUGAUAAAAAUUACAGACCUCUACAUGCUUUGUAAGUGGGAAAACCUGCAAAAUCGGCAGUGUAUCAAAUACUUGUUCUCCCCACUGUAUACACAGUACCAGUCAAAGGUUUGGACACACCUCAUUCAAACUCAUUCAAGGGUUUUUCUUUAUUUUUUUACUAUUUUCUACAUUGUAGAAUAAUAGUGAAGGCAGUAACUGCUCAUUUGGUCAAAUUAGUUCGUCUUUUUUGCUACAUUAAAUACAUGCUUAAUCAUGUGGACAAGUAUCCUGCCUAUUGUUUUUUUUAAUGGAGGUCAUGUUAGCAGGAACUGCAUAAAGUUACUGUGAAACAAAGGAAAAUAAAAGCAUUUUUUUCACAGUUCCAAUCUAUGAGCAAUUACUGCCUUUUUGCUUUGUAAGGCAGAAUAUUGGAAUGCUUUUCCAACAGUUAUGAAGAAAUUCCCACAUAUGCUGAGCACUUGUUGGCUGCUUUUCCUUCUUUCGCGGUCCAACUCAUACUAAACCAUCUCAAUUGGGUUAAGGUCAGGUGAUUGUGGAGGCCAGGUCAUCUGAUCGAGCACUCCAUUACUCUCCUCUAAGUAGCCCUUACACAGCCUGGAGGUGUGUUGGGUCAUUGUCCUGUUGAAAAACAAAUGACAGUCCCACUAAGUGCAAACCUGAUGGGAUGGCGUAUUGCUGCAGAAUGCUGUGGUAACCAUGUUGCUUAAGUGUGCCCUGAAUUCUAAUUAAAUCCCUGACAGUGUCACCAGCAAAGCACCCCCACACCAUCACACCUCCUCAUCCAUGCCUUACAGUGGGAACAAAACAUGCAGAGAUCAUCUGUUCACCUACUCCGCGUCUCACAAAGACACGGCUGUUGGAACCAAAAAUCUAAAAUUUGGACUCAUCAGACCAAAUGACAGAUUUCAACCGGUCUAAUGUCUAUUGCUCGUGUUUUUUUGGCCCAAGCAAGUCUCUUCUUAUUAUUGGUGUCCUUUAGUAGUGGUUUCUUUGCAGCAAUUCAACCAUGAAGGCCUGAUUCACCCAGUCUCCUCUGAACAGUUGAUGUUGAGAUGUCUCCGUUACUUGAACUCUGUGAAUCAUUUUUUUGGGCUGCAAUUUCUGAGUCUGGUAACUCUAAUGAACUUAUCCUCUGCAGCAGAGGUAACCCUGGGUCUUCCUUUCCUGUGGCGGUCUGCAUGAGAGACAGUUUCAUCACAGCGCUUGAUGGUUCUUACGACUGCACUUGAAACUUUCAAAGUUCUUGAAAUGUUCAGCAUUGACUGACCUUCAUGUCUUAACCUAAUGAUGGAUUGUCAUAUUCACUUUGCAUAUUUGAGCGGUUCUUGCCAUAAUAUGGGCUUGGUCUCUUACCAAAUAGGGCCAUCUUCUGUAUAUCACCCCUACCUUGUCACAACACAACUGAUUGGCACAAACACAUUAAGAAGGAAAGCCCCACUUUUAUUCCAUUGGCUUGAAUCCGCGCUAUGCAGCUCUUGCAAGGGCAUAUUUUUUACUGGCUGUCCACUGGUUUCAAAAACAAUGAUUGAUAAUGUCAUGUCUUUGGCUAUGCCUGAUUAAAUGAUAUGAUAUGCUAUUCUAUAAAAUAAUUUCUCUGUAAUUAAUAUUACCUGAUUGAGCAAAUCAUGUAAAUGUAAUAAAACUAGAGAGUAGGGCACCACAAAAUAAUAUUUAUAGAGCUGUUAUCUUCCAAAUAAACUCUUAAAGACCUAGUAAUAUUUUACAUCAAUAGCAGUCAAUAUUAAUCGUCAUCUUAAUUGUCUCAUCUGAAAGUUGUAAAUUCUUGAUUAUCUGCACGAACCCUGGCAAACAAGUUGAACCAGCAAUACAAAAUUGGGUUUAAUUAUUUAUUUACUAAAUACCUAACUAAUCACACAGAAUUACACAUACACAUAAUUAAAUCAUAACUUGAUUACAAAUUACGUCACAAAGGAAAACGUCCCUAGCGGGCAGAACAGAUAUGACAGCUUGUUACACAAAAGAAAAGGGGCUGGGUUUGAGUGAAAGAGCGGGAAGACUGAGAAACGAUGGGUGAAUCUAUGAUAUCGUAAAUACAGUAUCUCAUGCAUUUUAAAUUACCGCCCAUUUGGAAAAGGAAAAUGCAAUAAAUAUUUGCUCUGAGCUGCGCUUCGGUAGGUUGGUGGUAGAUGGAAGGCCGUGUUGUCCAACCGAGUCCUUUGUCCUUUGAAGAAUGUCUCUGGUUGUCAAUUGGAUACGUUGUAGUAACGUCGUUGUGUGAUAGACGGGAUACUCUGUCUGUUCCUUCCUAACCCUCGUUUGCAUCUGCUGUUGCUAACUCAAGGCUAGGAGAUAUCACUUCUGUAGGGAAUAAGAGUUCAAAGUUCAUACCAUUCGCAACCAAUGCUCACGCUGAUGUUGGCUUCGUUCUGUAGUUAUUAUCUGAACCAUUCUGACAUCGGACCGUCGUCCUCACGUCCUCGGAACAGGAGGUUACAUUGUCGUCAAGGCUUUAUAUAGGAAGGGAGAGGAGGGUGUGUUUGAAAAGUUUUAUAGCCCAUGUCCCUUCACAGAGGCAGGCCACUGAUUGAGCAGAGCCCUACCUUAUGAAAACCCAAAUCUCACAUUUUAGAAGCUAAAAUCACAUUUCAUCUCAUCAAGAAUAAUUUCAUAUUCAAACAUUUAAAUUGAACAACAAUUCCAUGUGAAUCCGAUACCUCUGAUGUGUUGACUUUCCACUGUAGAGUUUAUGUCAUCUUAUUAUUGAUGAGAAUGUCUCAGAUGACAACCGAACUGACAUCAUAUUCAUUGAGUUCCACCGCAUAUGUUCAAUUGGUCGGAUUACCAGAAUAUAGUUAAUUUCCCCCCACCUUCUGAUGUUCCCAGAAUCUCUAUGUUAACCAAAGGGGUUUGCAAAUGUAACAUCAGUAGGGUAGAGAGAGGAAAAAGGGGGGACGAGGUAUUUAUGACUGUCAUAAACCUACCGCCAGGCCAACGUCAUGACAAUAGGCAGCUUAAACUUUUUCAAUUAAACCAUUAUUGGGUUCAAAUACACAUUUAGAUUUGCGAACAGCCAUCCACAACAACCCCAAUCAAUAUGCCGCAAAUAGCUAAUUGAGAGAGCAAUAGUGUGAUUCACAUCAAUGCGAUAUGUAGAUAUCAAUAAUAAGUGAUGUCCGUAUCGCAGUAGACUACAUCACUGCUGUCAUCAUUACCUUCAAACGUUUUUUUCAAAUUGGAUAAUCUUUGAAUGCCGACAGCAGUCGGACAGCAGUCGCUCCAUUGGAAGACAUACUGUAGCUUGGACUAUAGCGUACAAAAAUCGGUUCCUUCCUCUUUCCCCGCGAUCCAUCAAACACAUUGGUUGUGUCAUCAUAGGGGUCUCUGACUUGUGGUCAAUCUCUGCUGAGGUGGAACAAACUUAAACUUGCGCCUUUUGUCAAUGCUGAUUUGAAUGUCAUUGAGAAAACAGAAGUGUCAAAGAUAUUUUGGGGAAAACAACCUUUCUGAAUUUAAAAGUAAUCCUCAAAGUAAUCCUCUAGUUUUUCAAAGUAUCUGUAAUCUGAUUACAAUAUUUCUGCUAGUAAGGUAACGGAUUACAGUUACAGUUCUUUGUAAUCCCUUACAUGCAAUGGAUUACAUGAAACCUGUUACUCCCCAACACUGGAGAUAACUGCGGAUGGAUCAACAACAAUUGUAGUUACUCCACAAUACUAACAUAAAUUACAGAGUGAAAAGAAGGAAGCCUGUACAGAAUACAAAUAUUCCAAAACAUCCUGUUUGCAAUAAGGCACUAAAGUAAUACUGCAAAAAAUGUGGCAAAGAAAUGUACCUUUUCUCCUGAACACAAAGUGGUAUGUUUGUUACAAAUCCAAGACAACACAUCAUUGGGUACCUCUCUUCAUAUUUCAUAUACAGAUCUGGGGAAGGACACCAAAACAAUGUUGCAGCAUUGAAGGUCCCCAAGAAAGUGGCCUCCAUCAUUCUUAAAUGGAAGAAGUUGGGCACCACCAAGACUCUUCCUAGAGCUGACCGGCUGGCCAAACUGGGCCAUCGAGGGAGAAGGGCUUUGGUCAGGGUGGUGACCAAGAACCUGAUGGUCACUCUGACAGAGAUCUAGAGUUCCUCUGUGGAGAUGGGAGAACCUUCCAGAAGGAUACCCAUUUCUGCAGCACUCCACCAAUCAUGCCUUUAUGGUAGAGUGGCCAGACGGAACCCUCUCCUCGGUAAAAGGCACAUGACAGCCUGCUUGGAGUUUGACAAAAGUCACCUAAAGGACUCUCAGACCAUGAGAAACAAGAUUCUCUGGUCUGGUGAAACUAAGAUUGAAAUCUUUGGCGUGAAUACCAAGCAUCACAUUUGGAAGAAACAUGGCACCAUCCAUAUGGUGGAGCAUGGUGGUUGUAGCAUCAUGCUGUGGAGAUAUUUUUCAGCGGCAGAGACUUGUCAGGAUCAAGAGAUAGAUGAACGAAGCAAAGUACAGAGAGAUCCUUGAUGAAAACCUGCUCCAAAGCGCUCAGGACCUCAGACUAGGGCAAAGAUUCACCUUCCAACAGGACAACGACCCUAAGCACACAGCCAAGACACUGCAGGAAUGGCUUCGGAACAAGUCUCUGAAUGUCCUCGAGUGGACUACAUAGAGCCCGGACUUGAACCCGUUUGAACAUCUCUGGAGAGACCGGAAAAUAGCUGUGCAGCGACGCUCCCUUAACAACCUGACAGAGCUUGAGAGGAUCUGCAGAGAAGAAUGGGAGAAACUCCCCAAAUACAGAUGUGCCACGUUUGUAGCGUUAUACCCAAUAAGACUCAAGGCUGUAAUCGCUGCCAAUGGUGCUUCAACAAAGUACCACUUAAAGGGUCUGAAUACUUAUGUAAAUUUGAUAUUUCAGUUGUUGUUUUUUUUACAAACAUUUGCAAAAAUACUAAAAACCUGUUUUUGGGGUAUUGUAUGUAGAUUGAUGAGAGA